AUGCGGAACAAGGCUAUUCCCUGUCAGGAAUGCCGCACCCGUCAUGUAAAGUGCGAUGAACAAAAGCCGAAAUGUCAACGAUGCGAGCGCACAGGUUCUUCCUGCGUGUGGCAGGCUAUUUCUUCGGAGUUUAGGCAUGGCUCUAGUGCCAGUGCCCUGUAUGACUUUGCAGAUGAUCAACCCUGGUUACCAGCCGGGCACGUGGACUACGAGUAUGUUGAUGAGACUGCUGAUAUAGCUCAGCAUUAUUGCUCGGAUCUUCCUCCUGCAUCUACAUCACCCUUGGUAUCGGAAAGACGCCGAAGUGUGGCUUCUGAGAAUCGGAGUCUUGCCGAGCCUUCUAAUUCCGAAACAGCCCAAACAUAUUCAUUCGUCUCACCGCGCGGGCUCGAUAGUAAUUUGAUACCAAGCUACUCGCCAUCCGCCUUACAGCUUUCUCUGGAAAGUCAUUCAGUGUCGGCGUCUCCUCAUCUCUCUCUUAGCAGCUAUUCCCCUUUAGGGCCCAGGGAAUUUGCCAAUCCCUCUAAUGGCCAACCGCCGUAUCUAGAGGAACAUGAAGCAUGUCUUUUGCGAUAUUUUAUUGUUGAGCUUGCACCCUGGUUCGAUCUUUGCGAUGGGGAGAGACAUUUUGCUUGUACCGUGCCUUUACGAGCUCUUACCUGUCCACCUUUACUCAAUGCCAUAUAUACUGCGUCUGCCAGACACCUGAGCCGGAUCAAAAAAUACUGGCGUGGAAAUCAAGUUUACUAUGGAGGCAAAGCGCUUCCAAAUUUGACGUCGGAAACAGCCAUACACUACCACAACGAAUGUAUAGCGCAUCUUGUCUCCAUUUCAGACCACUCACGGGAAGCCCAAAAUGAAAAUUUACUUGCUGCCGCUGUAAUUCUACGCUUCUAUGAAGAGGUGGACUUCCCGUCCAUGGGUGAGGAUACUGAGAGUGCACUUCGAGGAAUCCGAAUAUUUCUGAAUUCCCAGAUAAUACCUGCAGUAUCUGGAUAUGGGCUGCGCCAUGCAGCUUACUGGAUUGCCCUGCGCCAAGAAAUCACCACCGCAUUUAGCAAACAACGAAGCUUCCGACUUCCACUAGAACCCUGCGAGCCAUACCGAACCUUUGAGCCAGCCGACGACUAUGUCUGGGCAGAUCGACUAGUAAUUCACUGCGCCGACGUUCUACAAUAUUGUUACGGAUCAGAGGAAGAUCUAUCGGGAGACCAACAUCAGCCAAGCCGGGACAUUCUCCACCAGCCUGGAACAGCAACGGACAUGCGCAUCGCACGCCACGAGGAACUGGUCGCAUUUGAAACUUUGUGGAUUGAACUGGGCCCGCCCAGUUUCCAUCCCAUCUACUCACGGGAACCCGAUCGUUCACGUGGCGAGGUAUUUCCCAAAUUGUGGUACCUGAAUAAUUGCCACGUUGUAGGCCUCCAAUUCCUCGAGCUCGCACGCAUUCUGCUCACAGUCUAUGAUCCCAAGUUGCCCCGUUUGGGUCCAGGGCAGCGUACGGCAAUGAAGGCCAUGGAUGAAAAAGUGCGGUCGAUUGUUAUCAGGCUGUGUGGGAUUGCGCUUUCUAAUGAACAUAGUCCUCCUGGCUUGGUGACGGCGUCUGCUGCAAUCGGGCUGUGUGGGGAUCGGUUCACGGAUCGAUUUGAACAGGAGGCGUUGCUUGGGGUUUUGGUUCAGUUGGAAGAUCAGCAUGCCUAUCCCACCUUGAGUGUACAAGAAUCGUUGAAAUUGGCGUGGGGAUGGGAGGGGAAGUAG